AUGCACACUACUGCUGAAAACAAUUUAAUGGAGCUGUUAAGCAUUAAACCAACCGUCUCAAGGCCAAGUUUAUCAUCUCUUUGGUCACUUCAUGUUCAUUUACAGAGUGAAGCACAUGAUAUCGAUUUACGAAGCGUUUCACACACAUCACUUCCAACAACUUUGUUACCAAAUCUGAACAACACCACACUCCUUCGAAAUGUGAAAAGUUUGUCAGAUUUGCGUGAAACUUACCAGUUAGAUUUCUCGCUGCCAAAUAUUCGGGACGAAAAGAGUUACAUAACACAACCUACAGUUCAAGAUCAGAUCACAGCCAAGCAGCGUAAUCGAUGUGUUUUUGAAUGGCUGGAAGGGGUCGAAAAAAAGGCGUAUUACUUGCCCACAAUAUAA